AUGGCUGAAGGCGGCCCCGCCACGCCCCCGCGCCCGGACAGCCGGACCAGCCACCCCGGCAACCCUGAGAGCCGGGCUCAACGCCAGCAAACGCUGGUCCGGCCUGAAAAGCCACCGCGCCCACCCCCACCACAGUUCCCGCGCCCGGACAGCCGGACCAGCCGCCACGACAACUCUGACAGCUGGUCCCAACGCAAGCAGCCGCCACUCCGGAUGGAAAACCCGUCGCGCCCACCCUCCCCACGGCCCCCGCGCCCGGACAGCCGGACCAGCCACCCCGGCAACCCUGAGACCCAGAAUCAACGCCAGCAAACGCUGGUCCGGCCUGAAAAGCCACCGCGCCCACCCCCACCACAGUUCCCGCGCCCGGACAGCCGGACCAGCCGCCACGACAACUCUGACAGCUGGUCCCAACGCAACCAGCCACCCCUCUGGCUUUUCCCGCGCCCGGACAGCCGGACCAGCCGCCACGACAACUCUGACAGCUGGUCCCAACGCAAGCAGCCGCCGCUCCAGAUGGAAAACCCGUCGCGCCCACCCUCCCCACGGGCCCCGCGCCCGGACAGCCGGACCAGCCGCCACGACAACUCUGACAGCUGGUCCCAUCGCAACCAGCCGCCGCUCCGGAUGGAAAACCCGUCGCGCCCACCCUCCCCACGGGCCCCGCGCCCGGACAGCCGGACCAGCCACCCCGGCAACCCUGAGAGCCAGAAUCAACGCCAGCAAACGCUGGUCCGGCCUGAAAAGCCACCGCGCCCACCCCCACCACAGUUCCCGCGCCCGGACAGCCGGACCAGCCGCCACGACAACUCUGACAGCUGGUCCCAACGCAAGCAGCCGCCGCUCCGGAUGGAAAACCCGUCGCGCCCACCCUCCCCACGGCCAACGCGCCCGGACAGCCGGACCAGCCACCCCGGCAACCCUGAGACCCAGAAUCAACGCCAGCAAACGCUGGUCCGGCCUGAAAAGCCACCGCGCCCACCCCCACCACAGUUCCCGCGCCCGGACAGCCGGACCAGCCGCCACGACAACUCUGACAGCUGGUCCCAACGCAACCAGCCACCCCUCUGGCUUCCCCCGCGCCCGGACAGCCGGACCAGCCACCCCGGCAACCCUGAGAGCCAGGCUCAACGCCAGCAAACGCUGGUCCGGCCUGAAAAGCCACCGCGCCCACCCCCACCACAGUUCCCGCGCCCGGACAGCCGGACCAGCCGCCACGACAACUCUGACAGCUGGUCCCAACACAACCAGCCGCCGCUCCGGAUGGAAAACCCGUCGCGCCCACCCUCCCCAUGGCUCGCGCGCCCGGACAGCUGGACCAGCCACCCCGGCAACCCUGAGAGCCGGGCUCAACGCCAGCAAACGCUGGUCCGGCAUGAAGAGCCACCGCGCCCACCCCCACCACAGUUCCCGCGCCCGGACAGCCGGACCAGCCGCCACGACAACUCUUGA